CUAUGGAUGUGGUUUGAACCAUAUUUGUUGGAAGAAGAUGAAUUUUCUAUUUCAUGUGACAAAAGAAGGAAAGUAACAAUAGGAGAGUAUGUACAAAGUUUAUUAUCAGAUGAUAAAUAUUUUAAUACAGUUUUACCAAGAUUACCUAUAAAGAUUAAGAAUGUAUACGGAGCACGUUUAAUGAUUAUAGACGACCAUAGGAGGCGAUUAAAAAAGAAUAAGGAAAAUAUUUCAAAAUUUUUAAAAGGGGAACCUGUUUUAGCUUAUAUAAACGGAGAGUGGGAAAAAGGCGAAAUAGGAGGUAUCGUAAAUCACGGAAAGGAUAAAUUUUUUGUACGCCUAAGAGAAAUUGAUGGAAAUGAAAAGCUAGUUAAUAUCGGAUAUGUAAAAUUAGAAGGGAAAGAUUCACAUAAGGAAAAAGAUAUACAGAAACAUAAGAGCAGAGAAAGAAGUACUAGUAUAAGUGAAAGGAAAAGAAGACGACGAAGAAGAAAUAGUAGUAGUAAAAGUACUAGUAGAAGAAAAUCAAGACAUAGUAGAAGUAGUAGUAGAAGAAAAAGGAAAAGGAGACAAAGAGAUGAAAGUAGAAGCAGUAGUAGAACCAGACGUAGAAGUCAUAAUCGUAGUCAUAAAAGAAGUUCUAGUUAUGAAAAAGAUUAUAGUAUUGAUAAAUAUUCAAGUCGUAGUCAUAGUAGGGGUAGAAGAAGAAAACAUAGUAGUAAACAUUCCUCACAUUAUAAAUCACAUAAUAAUCAUCGAGAUAGGUCAAUAAAUAAAUAUAAUAGACCAUCAGAAGAAGAUGAGUUAUAUAAAAGUAAAAAAAGAAGAAAUGUAUCUAUAUCUAGAUCUUCAUCGAGUAGUACAAGAUAUAGAAAGGAAAAAUAUGAAAAAACAGAAGAUGAAUUAAUUAGUAGAUUUAAAAAAUUGGAAAGUCAAAAAGCUUUGGCCACAGGGAAAGAUUAUGCACGUAGACCAACAUCAUAUAAAUCUUCUCUUUCGUUAAAAGUAGAUAACAUACCUGUAAGAAGAAGAUCAAGAUCACGAUCUCCUAGAAGAAUUGAUAAUAGGGUAGUAGUACAAGUAGUGCACACAGAUAAUACAAACAAUGAUAAUAAUACAUCUGAAAAUGUGAAACUUAAAGAAUUAAUGAAGAAAUAUAAUAAAGAUGAUAAAAAUGAUGAACCUAAAAUGAAUAAUUCAAACUUAGAAGAAAUGGAUAUUAUGACGUUAGGUUGA